AUGAAGAAGAGAGGAGCCUCAGCCAAGGCUUUUAGCAGUUCUUUCCACGGUGGGGGUAACAUAGGAAAUCCAUUAGACAACUUAGCAGGUUUCGAAGGAGUGAAAAGGUUGGAGUAUGCGAGAAUCUGUGUAGAGGUUUCGGCUGGGUCUCAAAUCCCAAACUACAUAGAUGUGAUAUUAUGUGAUGAGACAGUAGCCAAGGUCAAAGUCUCUGUUCCUUGGCUGCCUAACUCUUGUGUUGACUGUGGCCGCUUUGGCCAUUCAAUGAAGUAUUAUCCUCAAGGGAAAAAAGUUGAGCAAAUCUAUAGAGUCAAAGGGCCUACUCAAGCUACUUCUGAGGGUGAGACUUUGAACACUUUGGGAUCUGUAGGUUUGAAGGAUGGUUCCUCGACUGCUACCGCAUGCUUGAAUGGCACUUCUAUUUCUGCUAGUGCUAAUAAGACUUCCGAUCCUGGUAAUGCUUUGACUGUUGAUGAGGCUUGUGUCAGUCUCCCAGUUGCUGCUUCAAAUCCUGAGGGGGUUGUCCUGGGAUCUCGGUUGCUAAUGAGCCAGGGGUCUAAACAUCCUGAACUCCCUGUACAGGCUAUUGAUCCUCAUGCAAAGAGAGACAGGGGCAGGCCUGCUAAAGUUGAUAAAUCUGUGGGAGGUGGGUCUAAAAAUAAAUUUGACAUUCUAAGCUCGAUUGACCAUGACAGUUUGAUUGGGAUCCCUCAUGUUGACUCUGGUAAGAAACAAAGAGGGGCUGCUUUGAGUGUUACAAAGAUUGUGGGAUUCAAUGGUCCCCUAAAGCAAAGCAUUGUGCUAAAAUGGGCAAAAAGGCUUCACAUUAAUAUUCUCUGUCUUCUGGAGACUAGAGUCAAGGAGGUUAAUGCUGCUGAUAUUUUGUCUAAGAAGUUUGAGGGCUGGAAUUACUGUUUGUAUGGUUCCAAUGAUGGCAUAAUCCGCAGGCAGUUCUGGUCGCAACUUGGUAGUAUUGUUAGUUUUAUGGGUGAUGCAGCCUGGUUGGUAGGGGGCGAUUUCAAUUUCAUUUUAAAAAUGGAGGAAAGUUCUAAUCCUAUCAGCUCUAGCACUAGUAGUGACGUCCUCGAGUUUCAUAAGUGUGUUGAGGACCUGGAAAUCUUUGAUCACCAAUUUAUUGGCCCUCUUUAUACUUGGUCUAACAAGCAGCAAAACUCCUUCCUUGCCCGUAAACUAGAUCGUGUUCUGGUUAAUCACUGCUGGUCUGAGACUUUCCCAUCCUCUGAAGUUGAGUUUCAAGCGCCCGGGGAGUCUGAUCACAGUCCAGCCUCUGGCUACUUUUUAUCCAAUGUUAGGGAUUCGUGGCAAGCUCCAGCUAUUGGGAACCCAACCCAUGUUCUGUUCGUAAAACUAAAGCGGUUGAAGAGUUAUCUUAAGCUUCUUAAUAGAGCUUAUUUUUCUGAUAUUUCGAGGCGUGUUCUUUCUAAAAGAGAUGAAUUGAGGGCUAUUCAGCUUGCUAAUUUGGAUGUUGUUACUGCUGGCAGUCUCAUGAUUGAUGAACUUAAGAUUGAGGAGGAGUUAAGAGACCUUGAACAGUUAGAGCUUCUCUUCUAUAAACAAAAAGCAAAGGUCAAUUGCUGCAAUGUCUCCACUGUAAAGGAGCUUCUGGGCUAUUCCCUUCCUGAGGGUGCUUCUGAGACUUUAAUCAGAGAGAUUUCUGAUGUUGAGAUCAAAGAUGCUUUAUGGGGAGAAGGGAACAAUAAAUCCCUCGGUCCUGAUGGUUACAUCUCAUUCUUUUUUAAACAGUCAUGGCAUAUUAUGGGAAAUGACUUCUUGGCAACAAUCAGGUAUUGCUUUACUAACUCAUUCAUGCUCCAUUCCUUCAAUGUUACAGCUGUUGUGCUUGUCCCAAAGGUUCUUAAUCCCAGUAUAGUCAAACACUUUAGGCCUAUUUCUUGUUGUUCUAUCAUAUAUAAGAUUGUUACUAGAAUUCUUGUGAACCGACUGUCUGUUGUCUUUCCUAGCAUGAUUUCAAUGAACCAAUCUAUUUUUUUGAAAGGGAGAAACGUAUUUGAUAAUACUUUACUUGCCCAAGAACUUGUUCGGGGUUAUACUAGAAAGAAAAUUUCUCCAAGAUGUGCUCUCAAAAUUGACUUGCAGAAGGCUUUCGAUUCCUUAAACUGGGAUUUUGUUAGAAUUGUUCUGCAUGCUCUCGGAUUGCCGGAGAAAUUCAUAGGCUGGAUUUUGGCUUGUAUUACUAAUCCAAGCUACUCCAUUGUCUUUAAUGGUACUCUUGCCGGCUAUUUCAAAGGGGCCCGGGGUGUUAGACAGGGUGACCCCCUUUCUCCUUAUAUUUUUGUCUUAGCCAUGAACAUCUUAUCAAGCCUUCUUAAUGUAGCUGCUAAGAAGGGAGUGUUCAGCUAUCACCCUAAGUGCAAAAAGGUUGGGCUCACUCACCUUUGCUUCGCUGAUGAUUUGCUAAUAUUUUGCAAGGGCUCUCUGGACUCUAUAAUUGGUGUACAAACUGUUCUUGACUAUUUUUAUUCCAUGUCUGGACUAAAACUAAAUGCUAGUAAGUGUGAAAUUUUCUAUGCUGGGAUUUCUUCUGAACAUUGUGCUGCUAUCAAGGAGUUAACAGGUUUCAAACUGGGUAAUCUCCUUGUCCGUUACCUGGGUGUUCCGCUGGUUACUAGAAAACUCACGGUUAAGGACUGUCAAAGCUUAAUUGACAAGAUAAGAGCAAAGCUGAAUUUAUGGGCCAACAAACAUCUUAGCUUUGUAGGGAGGCUUCAAUUGAUCCGUGUUGUUCUAUUCAACAUGGCAAAUUUCUGGUGCAGACAGCUCGCGCUUCCUAAAAAGAUAAUCAAUUAUAUUGAGCAGCUCUGUUCCAGAUUCUUCUGGAAAAGGUCCGACUUACCUGCUGGAGGCGCUCGUGUCAGCUGGAAAAAACAUCUUGUUUGGUUUCCUGGGCGUAUCCCUAAGCACAGCAUUAUAGUGUGGAUGGCCAUCCUUAAUCGCCUCCCUACUCGUGCUAGGCUCCUUAGUAUGGGCUUAAAUAUUGAGAAUGAUAUGUGUCUAAUGUGUGGUGUUGCAGCUGAGUGUAGAGAUCACCUGUUCUUUGGUUGUAAUUUUACUAGAGGCUUAUGGGGAGCUACUCUAGCUUUGUGUGGUCUGUAUAGAGGCGUUAGAGGUUGGGAUAGUGAACUAUCUUGGGCAAUCUGUUGCCUUAAGGGCAAGUCCCUUAUUAUGAGAAUUCUUCAACUUGCCUGGGCAUGCCAUGUCUAUUGCAUCUGGAGGGAAAGGAACUACAGACUAUAUGGGGGUUGUGCUCGCCUAAUGGAUGCGUUACUGCAAGAUAUCAAAAUUGUCGUUCGGAUUCGGUUGAUGGGAUGCAUUAGUCGCAGUUCUGACCCAUGUAAUGAAGCUCUUUGUGCUAGUUGGGGUAUCGCUUAG